AUGUCAGCAGAAGCUCAUGAUGUCAACUCAAAAACCCGAGAGGCUCUCCUUAGCGAGCUGACAAGCACUUUGGGUCCAUACGUUUAUGAGGCGUCAGCUGUCCACAGAUCCGGCGAGUAUAACCGCGAGAAGUUGGAAUACUAUCACACCCCCAUUUCCUGCCUGGCAUUAUUCGAGGGCCACGGAGACCCUUCGAGGAGAGCGGACGAGAUCAAAAAAGCCACUGAACUGGAACUCGAAAACAUAAAACUUUUUCACGAAAAUAUUGUUCAGCCAUUGGUUCCGUGUUUUAAAAAUUGGGCCAGUGAAAAUUUUGACAAUUUGGUCAGCCAACUCGGAUUGUCAGAAAUGUCCCAGUUGAGAUGUACGAACCCCAAUAGGUUCAUAACGGAACUCUCUGUCGUGGAGAAUGCCCGCGUUUACCGCGCAUUUUAUCGCUUUCAGUUUAGCUCCAACUUGUACCGCGUUAUCAGAACACAUACUCCACAUGAUAUCUUGAACCAACAAUCCCAUAUCGACAAUUUCUUUAAAAUGUUUGAGCGCUGGGAGAUAGAAGAGGUAUUGACCGUCAGUCGCUUUGCAAUGCGUCGGUGUGCGGACUUUUUACCCAACGGGGUAUCUUUUACGAACAGACUCCCGAAUGCAAUUUUUCUCGGCAACGGAAUUCCAGUGACAAGAGAGGAGAUCGACAAGGGCAACAUCAUGCGUGGCCUCGUUAUUCUGAAACGCUUCUGCCUUGAAGGGAAACACGAUGAAAUAAGAAAGCUUGUUUCUGGGCUUAAUAAUGUUGUGGAUAACCGGUGGCUUGGAAAUGGCGAGGAAGCUCGUCGUAAGUUAUUGAUACCUAGUUUAACGUACUCUCAGGGUGGAGAGAUCGAUGACAAGGAAUUGAUCGGGCUUACCUCAUUAAAUCUGAGUGCUCAUAGUAGUGAGGAUUGGAAGUUCAUGGAAUUCCUGGAGAACCUCUAUGAUCCAUAUUAUUUUAGGGUUCUGGGUUGUACAGAGGAGGCUAACCGAUUCAAAGGCGACCGCAUCCCCGACGAUUUUACGAAAGACAAAUUUCCUUCGUUUUCGUGGUGUCUUUCAUGUAAAGCGAGACAAUGGUCGUCCGAUGAAACGGAGAUAUCCUCGUUGAUUAAUACGGGAUAUGUAUUUUGGGACGAGACUAGGUUUGGGCCCGAUGAAGUGGCUGCACUUUUGGGCCGUCGUCGGGGAAACGGUCGCCUUUGA